UUAACCGGGAAGGGCGGGUUCGGGCAGAAAGGGCUCGGGUCAGCACACGAGCAGGGCCAAGCAAACCCUUGGCGAGUCUCUUCCCCAGCAGUGGCCUGUAAGAAGAAGGCAGCAUGUCUUUCAUCCCUGUGGAAGAGGUGUCCCACUUCCCCAUCCAGAACUUGCCCUAUGGAGUUUUCUCCACCAAAGAGGAGCCCAGACGCAGAAUCGGAGUCGCAAUUGGUAGCCAAAUCCUGGAUCUCAGUGCUGUCAAACAUCUGCUAAAUGGACCUAUACUUUCCAAGCAUCACCAUGUUUUUGAGCAGCCAACCCUUAACAAUUUCAUGGCACUAGGCUGGGAGGCGUGGAAGGAAGCCAGGGUCUGCCUCCAAAAGCUGCUCUCCGCAAAUGAGCCAACGCUGAGAGAUAAUGCAGAGCUACGUAAAAGAGCCUUCAUACCUCAGGCAUCUGCUGUGAUGCAUCUUCCAGCUGAAAUUGGAGAUUACACAGAUUUCUAUUCCUCCCGGCAACAUGCUACAAACGUUGGGGUGAUGUUCAGAGGAAAGGAGAACGCCUUGAUGCCCAAUUGGCUGCACUUACCAGUUGGGUACCAUGGACGUGCCUCUUCUGUCAUUGUCUCUGGGACGCCCAUCCGGAGGCCAGUGGGGCAAAUGAUACUUGAUGAAGCAAAACCUCCAGUGUUUGGUGCUUCCAGACUUUUGGAUAUUGAGUUGGAAAUGGCUUUCUUUGUAGGUCCUGGAAACAAACUGGGAGAACCCAUCUCCAUCAGUGAAGCUCACAAGCAUAUCUUUGGGAUGGUCCUCAUGAAUGACUGGAGUGCUCGUGACAUUCAGAAGUGGGAAUACGUCCCCUUGGGUCCCUUUCUGGGCAAGAGUUUUGGCACAACUAUCUCUCCCUGGGUGGUAACCAUGGAGGCACUGAUGCCCUUUGUUUUGCCAAAUCCCAUCCAGGAUCCCAAGCCACUGCCCUACCUCUGCGAUGAUCAGCCUUAUACAUUCGACAUCAACCUCUUCGUUGCUAUUAAAGGAGCUGAAAUGAGCAAAGCAGCUAACAUUUGCCACUCAAACUUCAAGCACAUGUAUUGGACCAUGAAACAACAGCUGGUUCACCAUACAAUCAAUGGCUGCAACCUCAGACCAGGAGACCUUCUGGCAUCUGGAACCAUCAGUGGACCAGAUCCCGAGAACUUUGGCUCCAUGCUGGAAUUGUCGUGGAAAGGAACAAAAGCAAUCAACCUUGGGGACGGCCAGACUCGUAAAUUUCUGCAAGAUGGGGAUGAAGUCAUUAUAACAGGUUAUUGCCAGGGGAAAGGUUACCGCAUUGGCUUUGGCGAAUGCUCCGGAAAAGUGCUCCCAGCCAGACCUAUCUAAGGUGCUUCUGCAGCGGAUAAAAAUCUAGUCUUCAGAGGUUUAUAAAUCAAUAAAACGGAUCAUUUUGAAUGUGA